UAUCCUCUUUUAGCUGCCCCCACCUGCAAAACAGAGGACGCUACCGACAUGGAAAAGAUCCUUGCUCAUAUGAUUCAGUGCUGGAGUACAUCAGGUGCAGCUGUGAGCGUCGGACCAAUUUGGUCAUUUGCUACUGAUGGGGAUGUGACACACCGCGCUGCAGGGCACAGACUCUUUCUCAAGGCUCCUCUCUCUGAAGACUCACCCUUAUAUGGUUCUCUCAUCAACCUCACAGGGCUGAAUCUGUUCACUGGUGAAGGGGAAGUGACACUUGAUUUUGACUUUAAGCACAUCUUCAAAUGUAAGUCUUUUUUUUCACAACGAGCCUCAUGUCUGAAAUUUCAUGCAGGUAUUUGCACACUCAUACGAUCUCCAGCCGGGAUUGUCCUCAAUAAUGGACGAGUCAUCAACUCGAUGGUCUUGCUGUGUUACCUUGUGUGGUUGCCGGCCUAUGAUGAAGAGGCUGUUGUAAAGCUCUUAUACCCAGACGUCCCUCAAGAUGUCCCUCGUGCCAUGGAGCUAAUGCAAGCUAUUAUCGAGUUCUGCAAGCACCAGCAGCACACCAUCAAUGAUUCAUUUUCUACUGACAUCGACACUCACGCGGAUCUGAAUUCCAUUGCCCUCCUCAGUGCACUAAUUGAAUCAAUCCUUUUGCCUUUCAUUGAUGUCACUAUGUCCCUGUCCGAUCAGAUGAAGUCCCUCAGCUGCUACUCUCACCUUGCAUUCACAUUUUUCCAUGCCCAUCGAUGCUCUUUUAUGUCGUAUCAACUAUAUUAUGACAUCCAAACGACUGUUAAGAAUGCUUUCUUCUGUCUGGCAAAGCAACAAUGUCUGGAUCCGCACGCACCUUUCUUUCUCGGCGACGACCCACUUGAGCUCUUGUUCAGUCGCACACAUAUGAUCGGCGGUCAUAAUUCAGCAUUCUCAUAUGCUCAAGCUCUAGAUCGGAUUGGUGCAGCAAAGGAUAUCGACUCUGUGUUCAAGCGACGCCCAGAGCUUGAUCCUGGGCACCGCCGCCUCAAGCUUACACAACAGGAGGGGGUAGAUCAUAUCAACCGUGGACUAUGGAAGGGUGAUAUCACUGCAGGUCACUGCGAUCUCCCAUUUUCAUGGUGUUUGGGCCAUGAAUCUGCCCUUGCCAUCCUUUCCAAGUCACAGCUCGAUCCCAUUCAUUAUUCAUUCACAGAUCUUUUCAAUUCCGGUGAAAUUGACAUGCUCCAUCCAUUUGGAGAGAACAAGUAUCUCGGUAUCAACACAGAUGAC